CCAAAGCCGCCUCACUGGGGACUAGCUUUCUCAGUCGAGUUCACUGCUGCCCUGUCUUCCUCAGCCGUUGGCCUCUUUUUCAGUUUUCUCUCCAUUCAGCUCUCUCGCCCUUUUCAUCCGCGAGUCACCCAGCAGAUUUCAUCCACCCGGCUUACGGGGGAAACCGCAGGACCGGUGCUGUCGUGACUCGUUGGCUACCACUGCAAAGAAAGGAGAGAUCAGUAGGAGGAAGGAAAAAGAGAGAGAGGCUGAGACAGACCAAUCGAUCACUGUGAUACCGAGGAGAGCCAGAGCAGUAGCAGUGAUUUUCCUUUGCUGUUACAGUUUAAGAGGAAACCUUCUUUGACUCGGAUUAGAGUCUUCUAAAGGAUCUGACUUGGCCUGUCUGUUUGACAGAGGGAGGGCUUCUUAAACAUCAAGGAUUCUUCUCUUCACCCAACAUUUGGGACUCCUGGGGAGAACUGGUUCUGAAAGAUGUUCACUGCUUGCCAAAGGAUCGAUCUCUGUUCUGAGUGAUAAUGUUGGACACCAACUAUUGCAUGUCUUUUAAACCCUCCCCCCUGGACUCUCCCCCAAUGGCAGAUGAUAUGGAGAAGGCAUGCUUGAAGAUUGAUCAGGAGAGACUCGUCUAUCACAGCCUGAAAGAAGUCCUCCAGCUCAAACUUCAGCAGAGACGCACACGAGAGGAGCUGGUCAGUCAAGGGAUCAUGCCGCCCCUGAAGAGCCCUGCAGCCUUUCACGAACAGCGGAGGAGUCUAGAGCGAGCGAGGACCGAGGACUACCUGAAGAGGAAGAUCCGGAGUCGUCCGGAGCGCUCUGAGCUGGUCAGGAUGCACAUUCUAGAGGAGACGUCGGCAGAGCCGUCCCUACAGGCCAAGCAGCUGAAGCUGAAGCGAGCACGGCUGGCCGACGACCUCAAUGACAAGAUCUCACACAGGCCGGGUCCCAUUGAACUGGUCCACAAGAACAUCCUGUCUGUCAGCUGCCCUCUGCAGUCUUCAGUGCUGGAUUCCCCGAAGGGAGCUGGAGGGGAGAGCUCAUCUUUAGAUGAAGACAGCAGUGAUGCUCUGUCACCUGACCAGCUAACCAAUCACGACUCUCCCCUGAGUGCCGUUACUCAGCUGUCUCCAUCCAACGUGGUCUCCCAGAACGGAGACAUCUCCCCCACACAGUUUCUCACACAGCCCCCUCCACCCCCUCCUCUGCCUCCUCCCCCUCUGGUCAGUUUGUCUGACUCCUCUCCACUGCCAAAAAUAACAAAUGGGUUGGCGCUGACCUCCCGCCCUUGUUCUGGACACCUCAAGGCUAAGACAUGUUCAGACCGUCCCCCACAGAGACCUAAGAAACCAAAGGACAACAAACCCAAGGUGAAGAAGCUGAAGUACCACCAGUACAUCCCUCCAGACCAGAAGGCAGAUAAGGAGCGGCCCCCUGAGAUGGAUUCGUCUUAUGCGAAGCUGCUCCACCAGCAGCAGCUCUUCUUGCAGCUGCAGAUUCUCAGUCAGCAACAGCAGCACUACAACUACCACACCAUUCUGCCUGCCCCUCCCAAGCCACAAGCUGAUCAGGCUCCCACCACCAGCUCAAGCCCCUCCCCAUCCCGCACAUCUCUCACCACGACCACCGCAGCGCCCCUGUCUCAGAACCCAACAGCCCGUCAGAGCCAGGCUGCAGCGGCUGGAACCAAACCGGCCACUCUUCCAGCCAACCUGGACGAAUUCAAAGUUGCUGAGUUGAAACAAGAACUGAAAUUACGUGGCUUGACUGUCUCUGGAACAAAGAAUGAUCUCAUUGAGAGGCUCCGCAAUUACCAAGAACAAAACGACAACGCCACAGCACUUUUUAAGAACGCUAUAUCGCAGUCAGUGCAGCAGGCCUCCACCUCAGUGGCUAACACCACCACCACAUCGGCUUCAAACACAACCUCUCCUUCUGACCACCACCCAGCAGAAGGGGGCUGCUUUAAGCUGGCUUUGUCCUCGCUGGCUCAGGCAGUCCCAGGGCGGAUCAUGCGGUUUGGCAGCACCAGCUCCAGCCCUCCGGUGUCGCCCACGCCCUCCGAGCGGUCAUUGGCCGGGUUGAGUCCAGAUGAGGCAAGCUGUAAUGGGGACAUGUUUGGAGAAAUGGUGACCUCUCCCCUCACCCAGCUAACCCUCCACCCCUCUCCUCAGCACCCAUCCCAUAUUGCUUCACUCCCUCAGCCUUUCUCGGUAGUGAAAGAGGAGGUCCAGAGCUCCUGCAGCCUGUCCAAGUCCUCACCGGUGUUGUUGCAGCCCAAAGAGUCCCUUUCUGCAGGAGCCAUGGACACGUCAUGUAUGGAUAAAGACCAGAUGCUGCAAGAGAAGGACAAACAAAUCGAGGAAUUAACCAGGAUGCUGCGUCAGAAGCAGAGACUGGUGGAGACUCUAAGGUCCCAGUUAGAGCAGGGCAAGAUGGCGGGUGGGGUGGUGGUAAAGAAGGAAUGGACUGAGUUGAGCAGAACGUCCUCUGAAGUGAAACUUCAAACUCUAAUAAAAGCUUCAUCCAUUCAGCCACCGAUGCUCCCUAAUGGCAUUGUUCUGACUGUGAAGGAAGAGGUGGAGCCUGAGAAAGGGAUGGAGGGAGUUAUCAAGGAGGCGCAGGCCAAGAAGCUGACCGAGCCAAUGCAGUGCUCUCAGGAGACGCUAUUGAGGCUGCAGCAGAUUCAUCAGCUUCAGCUCCAGCAGGCAGAGCAUCAGAAACAGCAGCUGCAGCCCAAACAGCGGCAAGGACAGGUGAAGCUGCAGAAAGACUCAGAGGGUAAAUCCAACUCUCAGAAACAACAGCAGAAAAAAGAGGCUCAAAUGCUGCUCCAUCAGCAGCAGCAACUGCAGCAACUCAUUAUACAGCAAACCCAACAGAAACAGCUCCAGGCCCAGCAGAGGACAGUCCAGCAGAAACUGGCACAGCAGAAGGUGGUACAACAAAAGCAGGUCAAACAAACUCAAGGGGAGGUUCAAACUCAGCAGAAGAACCAGGUUCAGCUGAAGCAGGUGCAGAUUCAGAACCAGACGCUAACGGGCCAGAAGGCCACAAUCAGCCAAAGCCAGCAGAGGAAGCAGCAGAGGGCUCAGCAGAGGCUGCAGCAGAAGCAGCAGAUGGCAGCACCGAGCACACAACAGGUGUCUCCAGUCAUCGUCAAUCAACAAAAUGGCACUCCACUCCACACCCAAGCCAUUGCAUUAGACCUUAAGGCCAACGGCAUGCCAACGCUGGUCACUGACAGCAACGGCAACCACUACCUGAUCGCUCUGAGCAGCCACGCCAGAGACAAACCGAACGGGGUGUCCUCAUUGGCCAAAAUCAAUGGACGCAUCACUCUGCAGAGGCUACAGUCGAGCCCUAGUAAACUUCCAAACGCCGUUAGCCAGUCAAAGGAGCAGGCAGUAGCUGAGUCUGCAAGGCAACCGAACAAAAAGAAGGCAGGUUUGCACUUAGACACCAACGGGACUCCACAACCGAGCCUGUCCCAUACGGCCCCUCCCAGCCUGCAACCAUUCUUUGAAGACAUGUCAGACACUGAAAGCCAAAGCAACCUAAUGUCCUCACUAAAGAGAGAGGAAGUAUGUUUGCCUUAUGACCGGCACACACUAUUCACCCCUCCCUCCCCUAAACCCAACACCUCCCUUCCUCCUCAGCGCUCUAAAGAAAACGGUGUGAACAGCCAGCAGAUGGACGAUCUGUUUGACAUCCUGCUCAAGAGUGGAGAAAUCCCAGGUUUCAAGCCCAACCCGGACCCUUCCCUUGCACCUCUCAACUCUGACCCACCUUCCCCGUGUGUUCCCGCAUCCCCACUCCACCUGUCUUCACCCACCCCCACAGAGCCCCUCUCCUCUCAGCUGCGUGCAGGAGAGCACUGCACUGGCAACGGGCGGCUGGAGGACUUCCUGGAGAGCACCACGGGGACCCCGCUACUGUGUAUGGAGCCCGAUGGUGGCCUGACACUGAUCGACGACCUGCACAGCCAGAUGCUAAGCACGCAAAGCAUUCUGGACCACCCUCCCUCUCCCAUGGACACAUCGGACCUGGGCUUCUCCCCUCACUCUACGGGGCUGGACUUUGGCGACCCCACCCUCGACAGCAUGGAUUGGCUGGAUAUCUCUAUGGGGACCGGAGGUGGAGGGAACGUGGAAAACGGGGGAGUCAGAGGAAGUGGAGCGGCGUGCGAAAGAGAUGGAGGAACGAGUCUAACCCCUCUGGCGCCCCACACUCCACCAAGCGUGUUCUCAGCCGACUUUCUGGACAGCACAGACCUGCAGCUUCACUGGGAGUCGUGUCUGUAGCCACAUAUGGACAUGUUGUCACUCACACUGUGUAUAGGCUCCUUCUUUAUUUCAUGCACACGUUUCUAUGUGCUGUUUCCACCACUGCGGGGGUUACUGGCACAUGCAAACACACGGUUUGUCGCUGGCUGUUACUGAAUGUGAGCUGUGAUGAAAUAUGCAACAAACAGAGAAGUUAAAUUCAUAAAAAGAACCCAAACUUGAUGCAAGUGAGGUGAACUUUUGUUAAUUUAAAUUCCAUGGGAAUCCAAGCAGCUGAUUGGUUACAGCCACACAAAAGAAACCUUGAUUGUAACCUGGUUCAAAUGAACCUGUCAGAAGCACGACAGAUCAGAAACGAAAAUGAGCUGUCAGGAACGUUUACGCUGCCUCUUAAGGCUGCAGAGUGUGUCAGUGCCUCCUUAAACUUUGCACUUAUGCUCAAUCUGAUUGGUUUAAAGGAGAUGUUCAGGUCAGUAGCUGAAUCUUAGCACUGGGUGGCCUGUUUGAGCAGAAUCCGUCAUGUGUUUUGAUCAGCUGAUGGUAUGUAAAGCAAAGGCAGCUGUUACUGGCCUCGUCUCCCCAACAUGGCAACCUGAUACUUGCCCACUAGUCAAAGAAAAAAUCAUCAUUGGUUGCUAUUGAAUUGAACCAUAUCAGUGGCAACCAUUUGAACUGAAGCCUCAGUGGAGGCUGUGUAUUGUUGGUAACAUUAUGGUAGACCACUAUGUAUUGCUGUAUAUGGGGUGUAUAUUAUAUCAAUUGUUCAUAAGACUAUUUUUCUUUGCUGGUUGCUUUAGAGUCGAGUGAGCCGGCUGUGGAACAUAAUGAGAGGGUGGGGCUUCUAAAACACUCGGUCCUUGUCAUUUUAUAUAUAAAAUAAAUAAACAAAAUAAAAACACAAA